AUGUCUUCCACUACUUUGCGCGCCAUCACGCAUCGCCUCACAACCACUCCGGUCGAGCAAUUACCCUCGAUAGCUUCCUUCCUUGCGACUUCAUUGACCGAUUGCGCUGAGCUGCUCUCUACCCCUCAAACUCAGAAAUCUGGAAAACCCGACUCCGAUAAUGCUGUCCAGAUCCACAAACUGAAGACUGAGACUGGCGAGUCUGUUGCAGGACCGCAGUGUUGA